UAUCUCCCGCCACGAUCACGCCAACAAAACCAACAGCCCUCAACCGUGCCUCGGCCUCCCCCCUCACCUGCCUGCCAGCAUCCCAAUAACCCCAACCGUGCUCCAGCCUUCCCUCGCUCCACUGCAUACGACAAGCGAGCCAAGACGGUGAAAUUUGCUCUUCCCGCUCUAGCGGAGACAUUUCAAGCUCCAGUUUCCACUAUGGAUGGACUGGUGUGUUGGUUCUUGAACAGCUUAGGCAGCCGUGUUCCCAGGGUGUGCAUGGGCAUGCAUGUCGACGAAAUUUCCUCGUGUUAAAUUGGGGGAGCGAGGGUCCGGAAGGGGAGCCAGGCUCUGUCGAGUCUCGCUUGUGGUACCGUUCCGGUGUUUUAUACGACGGCAUCGCGGCUCCCCAGGGAACACCGACCGAGGCAGGACCCAGCACCCAGUCGAUUCCGCUCGUUUGCUCUCACGCCUCGGCCCGCGUCCUCGCCGUUCCACCAAACCCCCCCUCUUCCCGCGCGCCCGACAUGCCGUUCAGUAUCCCUCGCUGCGUCCCGGCCGCGCUCGCCGCCACGUCGGUGGCCGCGCAGGCGGCGGCGGCUGCCUCCUUGCCGCCCCAGCCGCUGAUGCCGCGCAACGAGUGCAUGGAGGGCGCCGAUAAGGUUUGCUACGGCAUCGAUGGCGGCCAGUCGCAAAACCUCGACGUCGAAAUGGUCCAGUACGCGGCCCUGUACCUCCGCUACCUCGGGCAAACGAGCGGCAAGAAGCCGGCGCGCUACACCAUGCCCGCCCUGGGGGCCGGCGAAGGCGGCUGCCAGGAAUGGGCCAUCGCGCUCCCCAAGGGCACCGGCAUCCUGCUGCUCGCCAAGCACACAAACCCGUCCUUUGCGUCCUCGGUCACGUACGAAGAUAUGGCCGACAGUAUCGACGGGAGCGAAGGCGCUACGGAUGCCGAGCGCAAGGCUGCGCUUCUGGGAUGCGGCACGAACGGAGGCCAGCGUGGGGUGGUUGCUAAAAGCAGUAACCCGGCGUACCAGACGCAAGAGUAUAAAAGUACCGGGGCAAAGCCAGAGGGAAUUGUAAUUAAGCUGAUUGGCGCCCCGGAUUUUUAGGCGGAUGUGUGCUUUUUAAAGGAUAGGCCUUAUAAAUAUAAGAAUAAGGUGUAAAUAUUAUGCGUGUUUUGACCCAGCCGGGAACUGAGGUUUGUGAGGGGAACGUGGCUCGCUGCCAUCUGAACCCAGCAGGAAUAGGAAGGCAUCUGGGAAUUGAAAAAAGACCUUGGCGGGAGGCUCUCUAAUAAAUGCAGGCAAAACAGUCAGUGGCACACGCCAAACCCUUACCGAGCGGUCAUCCAUCAUUCACCUGCGCCUCAAGCAACAAUUAACUUCAGCUUGUCCGUAUAUUGACACAACUUCCCGUAUUUGGUGGUAAACUACGCAUGCAGUCA